AUGUCUUCAUUUAACUUGAUCAAGUACGGGAUAGCACCCGUGUCACUGUAUCUCGUAUUGCGUCCUCUGCUACCCACAGCACAAGGACCGCUCCCUGCUUUGUCAGCGUCUCUAGGAUUUGCAGGACUGGCAUUAUCUGCUACGAGUACACUUAUUCCACUUACCGGCGAAGCAUUCAAGAAGGCUGGGUUCCAGGGAAAGGAUCUAUUGAAGAAGAAUGGGCCGAUAAUACCGGAAUGUGCUGGCCUCAUAUGCGCGUCGGUUUACUGUCUACUCCUAAUACUUUUCAUUCCAUACCCGUUUUCGGAUGUGUUUGCGAAAUGUAAACACGCAUCGCUCGAGGGCCUCGCAUGCGGCGACUUUCCGCACAAUCAAUUAUCUAUAUACCUUGCGGCAAUCCUCUGCCUACUCAUUGCCACGCUCCUCGGGUUCCUGGACGAUGUGUUCGACAUCCGAUGGAGACACAAAUUACCUAUUCCGCUCGUCGCUGCAAUCCCACUUCUGCUCGUGUACUAUGCAGAAAACGGACCGACGGACGUUGUAGUUCCCAUCCCUUUACGUCGCUGGCUUGGAACUGUAAUGGACCUCGGGCCACUGUAUUACCUCUACAUGGCUCUUCUCUCCACAUUUACCACGAAUAGCAUUAACAUACUCGCCGGAAUGAACGGCAUUGAAGCAGGCCAAGCGCUUGUAAUCGCUACCUCGGUCGCACUCAACGAUCUACUCUAUCUCCCGUGGUCCUUCCGCUUCAAAAUUGGUAGUCUGGAACUUGGAGGCGUAUACGGAGCUGGGUUGUCCCAUGGCAGUGAACUCCUCGUCGAGCGCCACUUGUUGAGUUUGUAUCUCAUGCUGCCGUUGAUUGGAGUAUGCGCUGGGCUGUUGCACUAUAACUGGUACCCGGCACGCGUCUUCCCAGGCGAUACGUUCUGUUACUUUACAGGCAUGGCAUUUGCGGUAGUCGGUAUCAACGGUCAUUUUAGCAAAACUCUACUCCUAUUCUUCGUUCCCCAAAUAUUCAAUUUCAUUCUCAGUUGUCCACAACUAUUCGGUUUGGUCCCGUGUCCGCGGCAUCGAUUACCCAAGAUCCACCCAGAGAAUUCAAAAUUACUUAUUCCCUCAGUCGCAGAAUUCGAGGAGGAAAAACCCACUCCAAAGCUCACAGAGCUUGUCCUCAACGUUCUAUCUUCCCUUGGACUCGUUCGUCUGACAUAUGGUCCAGUCCAAAAACAUCAAUCCAACGGAUCCAACGGUCACUUGAAUCCCAAGAAAACGCCCAAGCGAAUCACGAGUACAACAAACCUGACCCUCCCAAACGUUCUCCUGUGCACAUUUGGUCCCAUGUCAGAACCCAUGCUCGUCAAGCUCGUCAUGGCGCUUCAAAUCACUGGAACAGUUUUGGCGUUUUGUCUAAGAUACGGGUUGGCUGGCUUGCUGUAUGAUGGCGAUAGGCGAUAG